GAUGCGGGAUGGCAGCCGCGCCGCCGUCCAGCCUCUCCCUCCGCACCACGGGCUCCACCUGCCUGCACCCGCUCAGCCAGCUCCUGGGCAUCCCGCUGGACCAGGUGAAUUUUGUGGCCUGCCAGCUCCUUGCUUUGUUUGCUGCUUUCUGGUUUCGCAUCUACUUAAGUCCUGGUAAAACCAGUCCGUUGGCCCGGCACACAUUUGCCACCAUUUUUGGCAUCUACUUUGUCAUCUUUUGUUUUGGCUGGUACUCUGCACAUCUGUUUAUGCUGGUGUUAAUGUGCUAUGGAAUCAUGGUCACUGCAAGCGUAUCCAAUAUUCACAGAUACUCCUUUUUUGUAGCAAUGGGAUACCUGACGAUAUGCCACAUCAGCAGAAUAUACAUCUUCCACUAUGGAAUUCUCACUACGGAUUUUUCUGGGCCUCUGAUGAUUGUCACUCAGAAGAUCACAACCUUGGCAUUCCAAGUUCAUGAUGGACUAGGUCGAAGAGCUGAAGACUUGUCUGCUGAGCAACAUCGACUUGCCAUAAAAGUAAAACCCUCUUUUUUGGAAUACUUAAGCUAUCUUCUCAACUUCAUGAGUGUCAUAGCUGGACCUUGUAACAAUUUCAAGGACUAUAUAGCCUUUAUUGAGGGGAGACAUAUACACAUGAAGCUGCUGGAAGUGAACUGGAAGGAAAAAGGUUUCCACAGCCUGCCAGAACCUUCUCCCACUGGAGCUGUGAUACACAAGUUGUGCAUGACCUUGGUGUCUCUCCUUUUGUUUUUGACGCUCACGAAGACCUUCCCUGUCACCUGCCUGGUUGAUGACUGGUUUGUUCAUAAGGCAAACUUUCUGACUCGCCUGUGCUAUUUAUAUGUGGUCAUGCAAGCCUCAAAGCCCAAGUAUUACUUGGCCUGGACGUUAGCUGAUGCCGUGAAUAAUGCAGCUGGCUUUGGGUUCAGCGGAGUGGAUCAGAAUGGAAAUUUCUGUUGGGAUCUACUUUCUAACCUAAACAUCUGGAAAAUUGAGACUGCUACAAGUUUCAAAAUGUACCUAGGAAACUGGAAUAUUCAGACAGCUACUUGGCUAAAGCGGGUGUGCUAUGAGCGGGUCCCCUGGUGCCCCACGGUGUUCACCUUCAUCCUGUCUGCCCUGUGGCAUGGCGUCUACCCCGGGUACUAUUUCACCUUCUUAACUGGAAUCCUCGUCACGGCAGCAGCCCGAGCGGUGAGAAACAACUGUCGACAUUACUUCCUUUCUUCAAAGGCCCUCAAGGUUGUUUAUGACGUGGCCACCUGGGCUGCCACUCAGCUGGCGGUCUCUUACACAGUGGCACCCUUUGUCAUGUUGGCAAUUGAACCCACCAUCAGUUUAUACAAGUCCAUGUACUUUUAUUUACACAUCAUAAGUCUCCUGAUAAUACUAUUUCUGCCGAUCAAACCACAAGUUCAUAUUCAAAGGCAGCCUCAGAACUCUGUUAAUAAGAAGAAAACAGAUUGAUGUCUCCAAGAAAAGCUGGAUCCGGAAAACUGCAAAAUGUUGGAAAGAUGAGAUGAAAAGGCUCCAGGCAAUGUUUACAUGUAUUUUUUUUUUUUUUUUUAAAUAAGAGUGCAGGGAGUAUUUUUAUAAUGCCUUUUUGUACCGCUGAAUCAGCCAUGUCCAGGUGAUCUGUUUUCAUAGUUUAUGGGGCGUUAGAGUGGUGUGGCGGUGUGCGGAGAAUGGGCCAGGCUUGCAGAAACAGUCGUUCUGGAUGCUGGGUCUUGGCGCUUCUGGCAUCAUUCCCAGCCACCGAAAUGCAGACACUGGGACCUGGACAUCUGCUCCAGACGUUAGAAGGUGACUGCUGAGGCGUUUCAUAGGUUUCUCAAACUAGAACAUACCACAGAUGGUUGUUCCUUGGGAAGCCGCAAAUCCUUUGACUUGUGACAUGACUGUUUGGAACACGGACUACACUCGAAGACCACCGGGAGCAGGGUCGGGGAGGGCGGUUUCAGGUACUGAAAACUACGAGCCAGGACGACUCACCGUGAACACUUGAAUGGACUGAGAGCCAGCCAUGCCCUGGAGGAGGCCGCAUUUUUCCCAGGGGUGUCUCUCUUCCCCUUUUCCUUCUGAACUGAGCCAAGAUUGUGAACCAGAAAGUCUCCUGGACAGGUCCGCCAGGCACGUAGGAGGGGCUGCUUUUCCCAGAGCUCUUUCCCUUACCCGUGCGCCAUCUGCCUGCCCAGGGACGGCCUGAGAAAACAGCCCCGAGUUCACACCAUCAAAGGCAGAAGACUGUCUUCGAGACAAAGAAUUUUUUAAGAGUAAUUGAAAGUUGCAUAGAAGUUUGGUAAGAAGAAGACACUUUGCUCUUUUUUCCCCUCAUUUCACAGCCAUCAUGGGCUGACUUUCGAGUCUCCAGUUUCAGAGCUGAUUAGAUCUGACUGUAUUAGUUAUCUUACUGGAAAGCAAGAACUGAGAGACAGUUUUCUGUUUUUGUUAUGAACGUGCUGUGGCUCCUUCUGGGGACUUCUAUUGGGUAAUAUUCUACAUGGGAGAAAGAAACAUAGUAUUCAGUGUUGUGGAAAAUAAUGAUGAUGAUAAUAGUAAGUUAUAUGCUACAGUGCUAUGCCCUCAAUCAGAUGCCUUAGGAGGAGAGAAUUUGUUCAAAUCAGACGGUUAAAAAUUACUGAAUAAAAACUGUUGCUCUGUAAAGGAAAUACUUCUGAACAGAAGAAUUGCAUUUUGUUUGUAUCAGUAGCGACCUGAUAUUCUGAAGCGUGUGUGUUUUAACAAAUGUGCACAAAUUUAAGGCUUCACACGUUGAAAA